AUGUACCCUUUAAGUGAUUAUUUGAUCCUUUCCAGACAUUGGUUCACUGCUUGGCUCUGUGUCUUCUAUUGCCUCAAGAUUGUCAAGAGCACCCAUUCCCUCUUCCUUUGGUUCAAACUGAAGUUAUCAUGGCUAGUACCACGGCUUAUUGCAGGAACUUUGGUUGUUUCCUUGUUUAUUGCUUUUUCAAUGUUCUUCUCUCUCCUUAGAGAUGUCCAAAGCAACAUGACAAUGAUUAAUUCAAAAAUUAGUACAGAAAUAUUACGGAAUCGUACUGUUGAUGUGCCUAAAAUCUUCUUUUUAAUUGCUGGCUCUGGUUCACCCCUUCUCGUGAUUUUAAUUUGCUCCAUCUUAGUUGUGGCCUCACUCUGUAAACACAUCUACCGGAUGAAGUGUAAAGAGCACUAUUCCAGGAGCAUCCAAACGAAAGCUCAUGUCAAGGCAGCUGGGACUGUGCUCUCCAUCCUCUUCCUUUACAUUUCCUUUUAUAUGGUGCAGACCUUGUCUAUGACUAUAACUAUGGGAAAAACUGAAGGGACCUUUCUCACAAUAGUGGUGAUUGCAUAUCCCUCUGCUCAGGCUUAUAUACUGCUACUGGUUAAUCCCAAAUUAAACCAGGCAGUUAAUCAGAUGCUUCCAAGAAGAGUCACCUAA